UAGGAGUAAAAAACUCAACCAACUUUACCAGGAGAAAAAUUGUAAUAGAAGUGAUAGCAAAUGUUAUUCAAGAGAAAAAUCAGAAUUUCUUCUACGGUACUGGUAUUUCCUCCCAGAGUAUUUUAUGCAUAAAUCAACCUUUUGAAGAAGCUGCAGCAGCAGAAAGAAAUGAAAAGCCAAAAACAGCUCAGAAAGUCCAAGGUUGUGAAAAUUGACUCAAGAAAGUCAUGGGAGCACCACAUCAUUGAUGCUACCAAUAAAGGCUACCCUGUUAUGGUUCAUUUUUCUGCUUAUUGGUGCGUCCCUUCUAUAGCUAUGAACCCUUUCUUUCAAGAACUGGCCUCCACCUAUCAAAAUGUUCUCUUUCUGAAUGUGGAUGUAGAUGAGGUUAAGGAAAUUUCCUCCAAAUUGGAAAUUAAAGCCAUUCCCACCUUUGUGUUGAUGAAUGGAGGAGCUCCAGUGAACAAAACUGUGGGUGCAAAUCCUGAUGAGAUAAGGAAAAGAAUAGAUUGUUUUAUUCACCAGACACAUUCCCCCAAGUCAAAUGAUGCAUGAACAUGUUGAACACAGUUUGUCAAAGCUGUAAAGAAGACCUAUUAUGUUUUUUUUUUUCUCUUAAUAAAAUAUAAAAAAAAAGGAUAUUCCUUGUAUGUCACAAACUCCAAGUGGUUAAUCUUUUAUUAUUUGUAAAUGUUUGGUGUGGAUAUGAAAGGGCAAGUUGAUGUACUAUGAAAGGGUGUUUUAGUGUAUUCAUUUUCUUUAGAGUGAUAUUUUAAUUUUUUUUCUUUUAA